AUGGAUUACCUGCAAGACUUCCACUCUUCCGGUGGUCUUCCUUACCCCAGCUUGAUCAGCAUCUACGACCGGGUCAACCAAGAGGAAUAUUUUAUGGAACCAAAGCCCGUGGAAAGAAAACCAAGAGCCGAUGACCUCAAAGAACUAGACGUGUGGGGAAAGAUUGAGGAGGGAGUGAGGUUUCAUUUUGAGAAGAUUGGAUCUUUAUCUCACGUCUACUGUCGAGAUCAACACGGGGAGAGCGCCGAUGAAUUUGUCUUCUUCCGGCGUGACCGCGGUCCAAUUGAUCAUGGCCUUGGUCGCAAAGAUGAGGACUUGUACGAGUGUUCUAAGUUCAACAUUCUUCGUCACCCACAACAACGCGACGACAACAAUCUCAACUAUAAAGUUGUAAACCCUGGCAAAGUGAAGGGAUUUGAUAAGGAUAUGUUAGACCUGGCCAACUAUCCUCACAUGGAUGGAACAGUGAUGAGUGCACCAUUGCUACCUCGAUAUGGUCCCAAGACAGGAUUGCUAAGUUCCAAGAAAGGGCAGUUUAACAUAAACAUGCAUGAACAACCUAGGAUGUUUACUCAGGUCUUCAAGACCCCCGAGUUAUGCCUCAUGAUAUUGAAGCACCUCGGGCACCGCUGGGGAGACCUGUCUAAUUUUGGCCGGACAUGUCAAUUUACUCUAUUUGCAAUCAAUGAAGUGACUACGCACGUUGAUGCAAAGAGCGGCAAUUUCCUGAACAUGCAAUUUCCUAACGAGGUUAUCGACAAGACAAAUGAGCAAGCUGACCACAUGGACACUGCAACUUUCAGAGGUUUCGCCAGGCCUGGAACUGCGGAUUUCACCAUCAUUUCUGGCAUCAAAGGGCCAUACUUCAAGGCACCUCAAGGCGAACGAGCACCUCAAGAUAACGGUUAUCCCGCUGCCCCUACAGGAGGCUAUUGGCGCCUUCCUUCUAGCAGAAGUGUCGUUAACACAUAUGAUAUCCUGAAGAUGGUGGAUGUAAGAGGGCCAGAGUUAACAGUCCUUCACUUGCAUUCAGUUCCCAACGUGAACAUCCCUGUUCUGGAGAUGUGUUUAAAGGGCCUUCCGAACCUUCAAGCGCUUGGGGUAUAUAAUUGUGAACUCCUUGAUUUUGGAGCUACCGUGCCAUUCCUCAAGAUGGUGAUUUCUCACAACAAAAACCCCGACCACCCUACUCUCCGCUCAGACUUCUCUCCAUAUUACUUUCAAGGUAUCCAGAGAGAAUCGGAGGGUCGGAAGGGCGAGUAUGGAGUACUCGCUUCGGACAUCGGUACUAUUGAGACCAGACCGGCGGUUACGGCAGUGCUUAGUACUGCCAUAACACUUGCACUAGAUAACAAUAUCGACUGGUUCAGUCCUGGCACUGGGAUGAGACAAUUCCUCGAACGACUUCCGUGGGCCUUAGGUUCCUUGAGGUAUAUCCUAGAAGCACUAUUCAAUCUGUAUUCCCACGAACGCAAUGUGUACUAUGGUCCAGUAUUCAACAAAGCCGAGCGAAAGAGAAGCGAACAUCUCCCGCCCGUGAACUAUACUCCGUAUAGCAAGGGAAUGAUCCGUACGCUCUAUAAUGACCUGGUGAUAGCGGUCCACGGCAAAGCUAUGAAGCGCAAAGUUCUGGAUGACAUGAUGAAGCUUGGAGGUGGUACCCGUUUGAAGAAAUGCACUGUUUGCUCUGUCGAACUGCCUGGAUUCUUCUUUGAAUCGCAAUACACAGAACGCACUGUAGGUCAGCCGGAGUGUGAUGGCUGCAAGCUGUGCCACUAUCUAGACAGACGGGUUGACAACUACCACCUUGAAAAGAAGCGCAUUGUCCGCAUCCUUCUUAACGACUAUGCCAUCAAGGAUACCAAAACGCUCCUGUAUACGAAGCAAAUCGUUGCCGAUGCAGAUCUUCAAGACCCUCAUUACCCAUUCUGGAAAGUUUCGGUGAAGACGCCACAAGAGGUGCACGCAGCAAGCCUCGCAAACGGAACUCCGCGGAUCCUCGAUGGCCGCCCAUCUCCGAUACAAUCCGACGAGACGAAAGAGAUCUGGGUUGGAAGGGACCGCCUUGUCAGAGCAUCGUGCUACGCUUACGAUUAUAUUGAUAUAGGCUACCGGCGGUUUGAGCUGCGCAUACUCUGUAUCGAUGCCAGGAUAGAGCAACUAGACCUCAUCCGUGCCCAAGGUCUGGCCCACCAGGAACUCGUUGCCCAAAACCACAGAUGGAAAGAAGAGUUGCGCUUCGAACUCGACAGACUGUACGCUCGAUGCAAUAAGCGCCAAAUAACAGGCCUAUGGGGAGCCCACGCAGCAGCUGAAUGGGGCGCAGAGAUUUCGAAAUACCGCCGGAACGUACAAAAACUUGGCGAAGUAUUGCGAAGUCAGGGCCUGCAAGACAUCACCGAGUCAUAGGCUUUUUUGCCUUUCUAGGAUAGCUCUAAGCUCCCGCCUUUCCCUACAGAUGGAUUUCUUUUUCAACACGAUGAUACAUUCGGAUUCUCUCUGCAUAUUGGCGUAUUUUACUCGUUAGCACUAUGAGGCGUUUCGGCUUUGAUACCCGGGGAACGACUGGCCUUUCCUCAUCGAGGCUUUUCGGAGAUCCCCACUUCCAUACUAUUCUCAGGUUUCUUAUGAUACAGCACCUAGAUUCUAGGUCUAGUGCACGGUG